CCUGCCCUGCCCGGCCGCCGCUGCGGGCACCGGGAGCGGCAGGCACGGCACCGGCAGGAGAGCAGCGGGCCGGUAAAACAACGGAUUGGAGAGCAGCGGGCCGGUAAAGCAGCGUGCAGGAGAGGCAGCGGGCAGGGAAGAGCACAUUUUGUGUGGCUCUCUUUUAGCCACUUACCUGCUUUGAGUUGCUACAGUGACCAGCAGUGAAGGGAAAAUAUUAGAUCAUGUCGGAGUUCUGGCUAAUUUCUGCCCCAGGAGACAAAACAAAUCUGCAGGCGUGGGAGAGAAUGAACACUGUGACAUCUAAAUCCAACCUGUCCAGCAACAGUAAAUUCCAUAUUCCAGACUUAAAGGUGGGGACACUGGAUGCUCUUGUUGGUCUGUCAGAUGAGUUGGGAAAACUCGAUAGCUUUGCUGAAAGCGUAAUAAAGAAAAUAGCCCAGUACAUCGGAGAAGUAAUGGAGGACUCAAAAGAUAAAGUCCAGGAAAAUCUUCUGGCCAAUGGAGUUGACCUAAUUAGCUACUUGACACGGUUUGAGUGGGACAUGGCCAAAUACCCCAUAAAGCAGCCGCUGAAGAAUAUAUCAGAAGCAUUAGCAAAGCAAGUGACUCAAAUAGAAGCAGACCUGAAGACCCGAUCAGCUGCAUACAACAACAUUAAAGGAAAUUUGCAAAGCCUGGAGAAGAAAACUAUGGGAAAUCUGCUGACCCGGACCCUGGCAGACAUUGUGCACAAAGAAGACUUUGUUCUGAAUUCCGAGUAUCUUAUCACGCUGCUCGUCGUGGUGCCAAAGUCAAGCUACGUACAGUGGCAGAAGACCUAUGAAUCACUCUCAGAUAUGGUAGUACCUCGCUCCACCAAAAUGAUUGCUGAGGAUGCAGAGGGAGGACUCUUCACUGUGACCCUGUUUAGAAAAGUGAUGGAUGACUUCAAGGCCAAAGCCAGGGAGAACAGGUUCAUGGUUCGAGAAUUUUAUUAUGAUGAGAAGGAACUGAAAUGUGAAAAGGAAGAGCUGAUGAAACUAGCUUCUGACAAGAAACAACAAUAUGGCCCCUUACUGCGCUGGCUGAAGGUGAACUUCAGUGAAGCAUUUGUGGCUUGGAUUCACGUGAAAGCCUUGAGAGUUUUUGUUGAAUCUGUCCUGAGGUAUGGCCUCCCUGUGAAUUUCCAAGCCAUGCUCCUGCAGCCAAACAGGAAGUCUGUGAAGCGCCUGAGAGACGUCCUGAACGUGGUCUUCAAACACCUGGAUGAAGUUGCAGCAGCAAGUAUAAUGGAUCCUGGCAUGGACAUCCCUGGGUUACAACUGAGUAAUCAAGAAUACUAUCCUUAUGUCUAUUUCAAGAUUGACCUCAGUCUUCUUGACUGCAGUUAAAGAAGAAUUGCUCAAGCUUCAUCUAUUCAUUUUCAAGACUGUCAUGUUACUGUAAAACAAUCUUUA